UGGGAGCCGAGGGAGGGCCGUCGUAGCAAGCGAUCGGGGCAUGGCAGAAGGAGAGGAAGGUGGUGAUGCCAGAGCCCCGCCCGUCCGCCUCUGGGUGCGACGGAUAGGUGUCUAUUGCGAUGAAAACCAGAAAACAUGGCUGGUGGCACCCGAAGAGGCAAGUAAGAACAUUCUUAGCAAUCGUCUUUUUGAUUAUUUGGAGAGCGUUGGCCUUUUUUGUUUCAUGAAAGCGGUCGCUCAUGUUGCUCGCUCUGGGCUUCUCCCACAGGAGGCAGGCACCCUGAAAGCCCGGAUCCGAAGAGUCCCGGUCCCCCUGGGCGAGGCCGUCCGCCCCAGCCGCCUGCCUGCAUCCCGGCUGCCCCACAUGUGGCAGCUCUCGGAGGGGCAGCAGUACAGGGACAGCAACUUUCGAAUCUGGGAUAUUGAACACCAUUUGCAAAUCAUGGGAGUGGAGGAGCUGCUCCUGAGACUUCUGCCAAGCGAUUAAAUCCGGAGCUGUGACUCUAGGAUGAUGUCCCUGUUUGUUUUUAUGUGGUCACUCCCAGCAGUAGAACGCAGCUGCCUCA